AUGAAGGCCCUGUCGAGACUGCCGUCGACGAGGUUCGGUCGUCCUCGAGGGACGUGGCCGUUGCCGUUGCCGCAGCCCCCUCGGAUCCGUCAACGGCGUCCCUUUUCCAUCUCGGGUCCCGCCCGGUCUCCCCACGCCGUCUCGGAUGCUGAGAUUGCCGCCCUCGCCAGCCAGCACCAACGCUCACUCAGCCUCGCCGAUCUCGUGAGACACGGACGCCCGCCCCUGUCGGAGAAAUCCCUCCUCGCAUCCGCCAACUUUGCCCUCUCCCUGCUGCCCAUCCGCCUCGCCCGCCGCAUCCAGUCGCUCCGCAACCUCCCCUAUAUUGUCGUCUCCAACCCAAACAUCUCGCGCAUCUACAACAACUACCUCCACUCGCUCUCCAUCCUGCUGCCCUACUGGCACGCCGUCUCCCAGGGCCGCCCCAUCUCCUCCCUCGACGACGAGAUCCGCUUCACAAACGCCCUCGCCGACCUCGUCGCCACCCACACCGACACCAUUCCCAUCCUUGCAAAGGGCUUCCUCGAAUGCCGCCGCUACAUCUCCCCCGCAGAGGUGACGCGCUUCCUCGACGAGCACCUGCGCGCCCGCAUCGGCACCCGCCUCGUCGCCGAGCAGCACAUUGCCCUGCACUUUAGCAGCCAGCCGCACUUUGCCCCAGAGGCCAGCCCCACGCCCUGCCCCGAGGACCCCUCCUACAUUGGCGUCAUCGACACCGCCCUGCGGCCCGCCCACAUCAUCGACUCGUGCGCCGGCUUCGUCGCCGACAUCUGCGAGCUCCGCUACGGCUCCCGGCCCCAGCUCUGCCUCGAUGGCGAGCCCGACGCCACCUUUGCCUUUGUCCCUACCCACCUCGAGUACAUUGUCACCGAGCUGCUCAAAAACGCCUUCCGCGCCACCGUCGAGACCAGGUCGCGCGAGCCCGUCGUCGUCACCAUCGCCCCCGAGCCCCCGCUCAAGCACCAGCCCGGCGGCGUGCCCCGCAUCCAGACGUCGGCCCAGGACCGCGGCCUCUUCCGCUCCGACGCCAUGCGGCCCCUCGAUGACAACGCCCCGGGCGUCACCGUCCGCAUCCGCGACCGCGGCGGCGGCAUCCCUCCGGACGUCCUCCCCCACAUCUGGUCCUACUCCUUCACCACCUUUUCCGACUCCGACGCCGAUGCAGACUUGCCCGGCUCCGGCGUCGACGGCCUCGCCGCCAUCAGCUCCGCCGGCGCCGGCGGCAGCUCCAUCGCCGGCUUAGGCUACGGCCUGCCACUGAGUCGCGCCUACGCAGAGUACUUUGGCGGCGGCAUCGCCGUCCAGAGCCUGUACGGCUGGGGCACCGACGUCUACCUCAGGCUCCGGGGCGUCGGCACCGUCGAUACGUACGAAGGUUAG